CCUCCUCUGCUCCUCUGCUCCUCUAUUUAUCUGACAGCUGUUACUUUCUGAUCAUGACUCAUCUGUGGCUGCUGUGGCCCACUCACACUCAGGCUGCUCUGUGGCUGAACGCAGUCCUUUAACCCUUUGAGACCUGCAGCGACAUCACUUUACCUGAGCUGCUUCAGACGCAGACACAUGGGGAGAAGGCAACGAGCAACUUGACAGAGAGCUGGUAUGGACAACAAGGCAUUGGAACCUGAUUCUGUGAGCAUCCCCAUGGAGGAGGCCAUUGUGUGUAACGGAGGCGGCCAGCCUCAGCAGCAGCAGGAAGCGUCCAUGUUGACCCACCUGAAGAAGGUUGAGAACCAGAUCACGGAGGCACAGCGUUUCUCCCACCUACCCAAACGCUCAGCCGUGGACCUGGAGUUCAGCGACCUUUCCUACACCAUCCAGGAGGGACCGUGCUGGAGGAGGAGAGGUUUCAAAGCCUUACUGAAGUGCCUUUCUGGAAGGUUCUGCAGUCGGGAGCUGAUAGGAAUUAUGGGGCCCUCAGGGGCUGGGAAGUCCACCUUAAUGAACAUCCUGGCUGGAUACAGGGAAACAGGGAUGAAGGGUCAGAUCCUGGUAAAUGGGAAACCCAGGGACCUGAGGACGUUCAGGAAAAUGUCCUGCUACAUCAUGCAGGAAGACAUGCUACUGCCACACCUCACUGCACGAGAGGCCAUGAUGGUUUCAGCCAACUUAAAGCUGAGUGAAACUAUGGACGUGAAGAAAGAACUGGUGAAUGAGAUUUUGACUGCGUUAGGGCUCCUCGACUGUGCUCACACUCGUACCAGCUCACUGUCCGGUGGUCAGUGUAAACGGCUGGCCAUCGCCCUCGAACUGGUCAACAAUCCUCCAGUCAUGUUCUUUGAUGAGCCCACCAGUGGCCUAGACAGCGCGUCGUGCUACCAGGUGGUCUCACUAAUGCGCUCUCUGGCACUGGGAGGACGGACCAUCAUCUGCACCAUCCACCAGCCGAGUGCCAAACUGUUUGAGAUGUUUGACAAGCUUUACAUUCUCAGUCAGGGACAGUGCAUCUACAAAGGCACAGUCCAUUACCUCAUCCCCUAUCUGAAGACUCUGGGCCUUCACUGUCCCACCUACCACAACCCUGCAGACUUCAUCAUCGAAGUGGCAUCAGGAGAGUAUGGAGACUUGAACCCGGUGCUGUUUGAAGCCGUCCAAGGAGGAAUGUGUGCGUUAGAGGAGAAGAAGAACCAGUGUGAUACCAACGGGCAGGCGGUCUGUGCAGCAAAGUUCCCCAUGGACACUGGACACAUAGAGAGCCAUACUUUUGCCACAAGCACGCUAACACAGUUCUGUAUCCUCUUCAAGAGAACCUUCAUCACUAUAUGUCGAGACCAGGUGUUGACCCACCUCAGACUGAUAUCCCACAUCGCUAUCGGUGUGUUGAUAGGUUUGCUCUAUCUGAACAUCGGCAAUGACGCCAGCAAGGUCUUCAACAACACCGGCUUCCUGUUCUUCUCCAUGCUCUUCCUCAUGUUUGGAGCGCUCAUGCCGACCGUGUUAACCUUUCCUCUGGAGAUGUCUGUGUUCCUCAGGGAGCAUCUGAACUACUGGUACAGUCUGAAGGCGUACUACCUGGCCAAGACCAUGGCUGAUAUCCCCUUCCAGGUGAUCUGCCCCAUCAUGUACUGCAGCAUCGUGUACUGGAUGACAGAGCAGCCUCCUGAAGCCACCCGCUACCUGCUCUUCAUAGCCCUGUCCACCUGCACUGCCCUGGUAGCCCAGUCCCUAGGCCUCCUGGUCGGGGCUGCCUCCACCUCACUACAGGUCGCCACGUUUGUUGGUCCUGUCACAGCCAUCCCAGUGCUGCUGUUCUCUGGAUUCUUUGUGAACUUUGACACCAUCCCCAAGUAUCUGCAGUGGAGCUCCUAUGUGUCGUACGUAAGGUAUGGCUUUGAAGGGGUGAUCCUGUCCAUCUACGGGAUGAACCGCUCAGAGCUGGAGUGUCCGGGGAAGGUGUGUAAGUUCCAAAAGCCUGAAGAGGUUCUGCAGUUACUGGAUGUUGAGGAUGCAAAGCUCUACUUAGAUUUUAUCGUCCUGGGCAUUUUCUUCAUCAUCCUACGGCUGGCCACCUACCUUGUCCUUCGCUACAAGGUCAAGUCUGAGCGAUAGGUUUUGCUUGGCUCACCGUCCAAAUCUCAAGGCCCUCCCUGACAUCAUCCCAGACCUGGUCUCCUUUCUGUGCACAGACAACAACCUCUCAUGCGGGAAUUUGUUUUAUUUCAUUGUACGCGUUGCUGCUAAAAGGACAGAACAUAAAUUCUGAUCUGUUCGACUGCCAGCUGUGCAGUGACUGAUGACGCAGAGCAGGGAAGAGUCAUCCUAUAAAUCCACAUAUACCUGUUUUACCUCGGACAUCAGGACUUAACUCCUGUGCACGAAGCCAGGUCAGCAGUGAAGAGGGCGAAGAGACUGAGCCACAUUCAGCAGCUUAUCCUGUACGUCUGAUAUUCCUGCAAGGCAGAAAUGUUUUGAGAACAAGGUAGAUGUGAUACAUCAGCACUUAUUGGCGGGGACAUGAUGUUUGUUCAACACUGUGUGCUGCCAUUCUGUCUGUCAGCGCGGGAGUGUUUGGAUUUUUGGUCCAAAAAACCUGCCCCCUUUGAGAGAAGCAAAUACAAACAGAGUGUUUGCAUCACUCUGUUGAUCCUAAACCCUGAGAACAAAUGCUUUCACUGCAGUAUACCGUGGCUGCAAAGGUUUGGGCUCCCCUGGUCACAAUUUAGUUUACUGUGAAUAGUUAAGUGAGUAGAAGAUGAACUGAUCUCUGAAAGACAGGAAGUUAAAGAGGAAACGUUUCAACAUUGUAUGCAGGGUCAGUGUUUUCUUUUUGUUUUGUACAAUUUUAGAGUGAAAAAAAUGAAAGGAGCACCAUGCAAAAGUUUGGGCACGCCAAGACAUCUGAGCUCUCAGACAGCUUUUCCCAGGGUCUCAGAGCUUAAUGAGCUUGUCAGGGCUCUGGCUUGUUCACAGUCAUCGUUAGCAAAGGCCAGGUGAUGCUCAUUUCAAAGCUUUAUAAAUACUCUGACUCCUGAAAGCUUGUCCCAACAGUCAGCAGCCAUGGGCUCCUCUAAACAGCUGCCUAGCACUCUGAAAACUAAAAGACCUGAUGAAGACUAGAAGAAGAUAGCAAAGUGUUUUCAGGGAGCUGUUUCCUCAGUUGGUCAUGUCAGUAAGAAAUGGCAGUUAACAGGAACUGUGGAGGUCAAGCUGAAAACUCUCUGAGAGAGCUGCUCGUAGGAUUGUUAGAAAGGCAAAUCAAACCUCUGUUUGACUGCAAAAGACCUGCAGGAAGAUUUCUCAGACUCUGGAGUGGUGGUGCACUGUUCUACUGUGCAGACACACCUGGACAAAUAUGAGCUUCAUGGAAGAGUCAUCAGAAGAAAACCUUUCCUGUGUCCUCACCACAACAUUCAGCCUCACAAGUUUGCAAAGGAACAUCUGAACAAGCCUGAUGCUUUUUGGAAACAAGUCCUGUGGACUGAUGAAGGUAAAACAGAACUUUCUGGACACAAUGAGCAAAGGUAUGUUUGGAGAACAAACUGUUAAACACGGGGGUGGAUGGAUGAUGCUUUGGGCUUGUGUUGCAGCCAGUGGCACGGGGAACAUUUCACAGGUAGAGGGAAGAAUGGAUUCAGUUAAAUUCCAGACAUCACAGCAUCUGUAAAAAAGCUGCAGAUGAAGAGAGGAUGGCUUCUACAACAGGACAAUGAUCCUAAACACACCUCCAGAUCCACAAUGGACGACCUCAAGAGGAGCCAGCUGAAGGUUUGGCCACGCCCCUCACAGUCCCCCGACCUAAACAUCAUUAAACAUCUGUGGAUAGAGCUCAAAGAGCAGAGCAUGAAGACGGCCCAAGAAUCUCACAGAGCUAGAAGCCUUUUGCAGGGAGAACGGGUGAAAAUCCUCCAAACAAGAACUGAAAGACUCUGAGCUGGAUACACAAAGUGUUUAGAAGCUGUGGUACCUGCCAAAGGGGGCGCUACUGAGCACUGACCAUGCAGGGGGCCCAAAGUUUUGCUUCAGGCAAAUUCAGAAAAAAGUAAUGUUGCUUAAAAUAUUGAAGAAAUGUUUCAUCUCCAGCUUCAUGCCCUCUGGAGAUCAGUCCAUCGUCUUCUCACUGAACUACUCACAGUAAAUUAAAGUUAAAGUCCAGCGGGGCCCAAACCUUUGCAGCCACUGUCGUGUAAUGUUCCUGGAACAGUGAACACUGGAAGACAGCAGUGUGCUUGAGCUCGUCUCUGCUCUAUAUUCUUGUUGUCGUAUGACAGAAGUUGACAGUUUGGAGUCCCACAUUUAUUUCCUGUGUAUGAAAAUAAAAUCAUUGUUGGAGCUAGAUUGUUUUUAACAUGUUGAUAGUUGUUAAUUAAGCUUUAUCAUGAUUGUCGACCAAAAAUUAAUAUUUUUUGUACCUCGAUGAUGUAAUCUGAAAUCUUAAAGAGUUGUUCAGCCUUAAUCACUUUAUACUGUACUGUAUUAUCUUCAUUCACAGUUAUGUAGAUGUAUUUAAGCCAAAAAGAUGAAUUACUGUAUCGUUAUUAUUCUGUGUCCACACUGCAGCCUGUCAUGUCACAUGGACACAACAUGCUCAUGCAGUCAUGUUUGGUGCUAUCUGAAGUUUCAUGUUUUAUUUGAAUAGCAUGUUUUAGAAAAUGCAUCUGGACUGCACGUGACACGAAAGCAGAGCCCAGGAGGGGACAUGAGGGGGAACACUGACGCUGACGUAUCACACAUGCUGUAACAGUUAUGUCAUUUUAUUCUCAGCCAAAAAGAGGAGUCAUGGAGGAAGAGUCUGUGACAUGUCCUACGGUAAAGAGAGGUCCAAAACAUGGAGCCCAGGACGGGACAUGAAGGGGAACAAAUCUAAUUUUAAGCUAAUAUUUAACUCAAACCCACUGACAAAAAAUCACGUAUGUGAUGUUGGAUGAGAUGGUUUAAGAGAAGAAGAUUUAAAGUUAACAGGCUGUUCAUGGUUAACAUCAUGUGUGUGGUGUGUACCAGGGAUGAGUGAGUACAUCAUCUCUGUCUGUACUUGAAAUGGGCGGAGUUUAUGCCAUGAGUGGGUGGGGUUUAAUCAAAAGUUAUUUUAAGC